CCCUCGAUUUUCUUCAACGACAACACCACAUCUUUGACUUCCUCGCAAAUUUCAAAGAUCCACCGAUAAGAUGGCAAAGAUCUCGUAUGUUCGCCCCUAUGCUCCCUUUUCUUCUGCUGCAGUUGGCGCCGUCGCAAUCAAUGCGAAUUGAUUGGGGGAUGAUGGCACGGAAUAAUGGAGGGAUUGAUGGAAAGACGGAGAGGGGAGAAGGUGAAUUGGAUCGAAGGAAUGUUACUGACGUGAAAUAGACGUGGUGCCCCUGGUGGCAAGCUUAAGAUGACUCUCGGUCUCCCAGUUGGUGCCGUGAUGAACUGCUGCGAUAACUCCGGAGCACGUAACUUGUACAUCAUCUCAGUCAAGGGUAUCGGUGCGCGUCUCAACAGACUGCCAGCCGGCGGUGUCGGAGAUAUGGUUAUGGCCACAGUCAAGAAGGGAAAGCCUGAGCUGAGAAAGAAGGUCAUGCCUGCUGUUAUCGUCAGACAAAGCAAGCCAUGGAGACGAACUGAUGGUGUCUUCUUGUACUUCGAGGACAACGCUGGUGUGAUCGUCAACCCAAAGGGAGAGAUGAAGGGAUCUGCUAUUACAGGACCAGUCGGAAAGGAGGCUGCUGAGCUCUGGCCACGUAUUGCCAGCAACUCCGGUGUCGUCAUGUAA